UCCUUUCGGGGCAGAUGUGGCCUGUGGAGCGGAGAGGAACAACCAAACAAGACAAACUGCGGAGGUAGAAAUGAUGACCUAGCAAUAUAUAGAGUAUGUAAUGUCAUCUUCCGUUGUACAUACAACUUGAAGGGCGAUUUGUCACUGUGCAACUCUUAGAGGACAACACUACCUGGACCCAUGGCAACUGCACGGCUGCGCAAGGUGUUUCGUUAUCCUGAUGAUUCGGGUGAUGAUGAGCAUGAACGUGAAGAGCUAGACGAGGAGGAGCAGGAGUUAGUGAUAGAACGCUUGCGAGCGCAAAAUAAUAAGCGCAAUGCAGAAUAUACUGUUACCUUCGCUGCCAUCCCAAUAUUAUCGAUCUCACUUUUCAUUCCGUCAGUGAUUCGGCAAGGCUCAGGCUUACAGGAGCGCUUUCUUUCAUUCUUAAGCAUUCUUUCGUUGAUAGCCACGGCAUACACUAUGAAGUACUUCCCCUUCCAGCGCCCAGAUCUGAAGGGCAAAGGAUCCAUGCGAGGUUCAGGUACCCUCACCCACCUUCGGAAGUUUAUUCUCCCUGUAAAUACCGCAAUAUGUGGCCUGUUGCUAUUAGUGUGGCUCUUCUCCCCUGUAGAACCACCUCGCGAUAGACAGCCAAAAACAUAUAUUGUUCCCGGAGGAAUGCUUGCAAUCAUCAUGUUGGCGCGGAAAAUGAUGGUCUCUGUUGACCUUAAACACCUUGAGGAUCUCCGAUACGGGUAUAAAGGAGUUUAGGGCUUAUGGCAUAGCUACUGAUUGCACUAAUCAUAUACAAUUAGCACUCAAUUUUC